CAUGAAUUUCAUUGGCUGAAAUGUAAUACGCAAUGGCGUUAUGGGCGGAGUGUGUGGGUGUUGGGGGAUGUGUCCCUGGCCUGAGAGGAGGAAGAGACAAGCAGCCGCUCUCCGUCUAAUCUUUCCUUCAGAGAUGAAUGGUGCAGUGGGCAUGGAAGCCAGCAGGAGACGUACCCAGCACAGGGCCAAUGGGAAAACCUCAGAGGACAAGAAGCAGUCAGCACAGUGGGGCAGAGCAUGGGAGGUGGACUGGUUUUCGCUGAUUAGCGUAAUUGGCCUCCUUUGCUUUGCCCCUUUCAUUGUCUUCUACUUCGUGAUGGCCUGUGAUCAGUACCAGUGCUCGAUCAGCCAGCCUCUGUUGGAGUUGUUCGGAGGGGAGACAACACUGCACUCCAUCUGGGCCCAGGCUCCCUCCUUCUCAUGGUCAGCUGCUAAGAUAUAUGCCAUAUGGGUGGGCUUUCAGGUGUUCCUGUAUAUGUGCGUUCCCGAUGUUACCCACAAGUUUAUUCCUGGCUAUGUUGGAGGAGUGCAGGAUGGAGCACGAACUCCUGCUGGCCUGAUUAACAAGUAUGAGAUCAAUGGGCUGCAGUGUUGGCUGAUCACUCAUGCUGUGUGGUUUGCCAAUGCCCACUAUUUCCACUGGUUUUCUCCUACAAUCAUCUUUGACAAUUGGAUCCCCCUGUUAUGGUGCACCAACAUACUAGGCUACGCUGUGUCCACCUUUGCUUUCAUAAAGGCUUAUCUGUUCCCCACCAACGCUGAGGACUGCAAAUUCACAGGGAACAUCUUCUACAACUACAUGAUGGGCAUUGAGUUCAACCCACGCAUUGGGAAGUGGUUUGACUUCAAGCUUUUCUUCAACGGCCGACCCGGCAUUGUAGCCUGGACUCUCAUCAAUCUGUCCUACAUGGCCAAACAGCAAGAACUGUAUGGCCAUGUCACCAACUCCAUGAUUCUGGUCAAUGUACUUCAGGGUAUUUAUGUGUUGGAUUUCUUCUGGAAUGAGGCGUGGUACCUGAAAACCAUUGAUAUCUGCCAUGACCACUUUGGAUGGUAUCUGGGUUGGGGAGACUGUGUCUGGCUGCCAUACCUCUACACACUGCAGGGUCUGUACUUGGUGUACCACCCAGUCCAGCUGUCCAAUGUCCACGCCCUAACAGUCCUGUUGCUCGGCCUUGUCGGGUAUUACAUCUUCCGCUCCACUAACCACCAGAAGGAUCUGUUCCGCCGCACAGAGGGUUCCUGCACUAUCUGGGGCAGCAAGCCAGCGUACAUCGAGUGCUCGUACCGCUCAGCGGACGGUGGCAUCCACCGCAGCAAGCUCCUUACCUCAGGCUUCUGGGGUGUUGCCAGGCACUUCAACUACACAGGUGAUCUGAUGGGUUCUCUGGCCUACUGUGCUGCCUGUGGUUUUGGUCACAUACUUCCCUACUUCUACAUUGUUUACAUGACCAUCCUGCUGGUUCACCGCUGUGUACGUGAUGAGCACCGCUGCAGCAGCAAGUAUGGCAAAGACUGGAAACGUUACACAGAUGCUGUGCCUUACCGACUGAUUCCUGGAGUGUUUUAGAGAGCCAAAAUACUGCAAGAGGUGGUAAACAUAAACCUAGAAACUAAAGCUAUGGCUGUACGUCUGCCAGAGUUUCAUACAUAUCUAGAAUACCCCACACCAAACAUUCUACACAACAUUUUAUACAUUCUGGAUUUUUAAAAAUAGGUUUCCUGUGUGUAGACUGCUGUGCGAAUGUGCAUAUUCCAAAUAUUUCUAUCAUUUUCUGCCUCAGGAAAGGCGGUCUGAUCCAUCAGGCUGCUAUUUUUGUGCUGUGACAAUUUAACAUAGUUAAAUAACAUUUUUAUAAACAGCAAUAUGUACAGUAUCUUAGAGUGUGUGAACUCAACCAAUUUUUACUUUACACUUUUUACUCUUUGCUUUUUUCCCCAAAAAAUCAGGAACAAAAACAACGAUCACUUCUGUGUUGCACUUCUCUCUCAAGCUAAUAAGCAACACACGCAAAAGCAGUGCUCAUCCUAGUUUCUAAAAAAAUAAAUAAAUAAUAGAACGUGAUUGUAUUUGUGUUUGAAUAUUUUGUUGCUGCCCUAAGGUUUAAUGGACCAAAUGUUUGGCUUUGCUGACUAGAGGUCUCUCAGAGACAGGUUAUAGAAUCUUCAUAUAAAGGUUGUCUAAGUGCUGAAUUUUACCCUGUGUCGUUCACAUAUCUAACCUCAAGAGAGUUGUUACAGUAAUCUGGUUAGACAAUUACUUGCCUUUUGGUGAGAAUUUCUUUCUUUGUAGUUGGCACUGAAUGGUUCUUUUUUAUGAGGCUAACUUAAUUUGUAAAACAUUCUGAAAGCAAUAUAACUGUUUAAGCUCUAUGGUGAUAGAAUGAAUUUUGCAUAUCUGCCAGCACUGCCUCCAUGAUAACAAUAAAGUAAGAAAAUACAUUUUAA